AUGCAAUCAUUCCAGUCUCUAGACCGCGAGAUGGACACUACCUUGAUCCUCCUGGCCUCUCCUGCGCACUCCUCAAAGCUGUGUGACCCCGCACUACUCAACUCUUCGAAACUGACGGCGAUACGCACGUCGAAGUUCAACCACCUCGCCUCACAGCGGCGCAUCGCACACUCACAGUGGAUCUCUCUCUUCGACCAGCUGCAUCUGUCUUCUCCAUCGAUCCGCGGAUCUCCUGGGAGUCAUCUCGUGACUAUCCCUACUGAUGACUGGAUCUUCUUCUACGGGUGGGUUACUCAAUGA